UUUGUUAAAAAAAAAAAAAAAAAAGGUUAAAACCGCCUUCCUUUUCUUCUCCCAAUUCAGCCUCGUUGGGCCCCCCCCCCCCCAUUGUCGCUUCCAAGCAAAAGCCCUGCGGUCCAGGUUUCUUGCACUUCCUUCUGCCCUUGCUCUUUUGGUGGUGCGGGAGGCCCAGCGAAAAACCAAAAGGCUCACCACCAUCAGCACAAAAAUAGGGCGAAACAGGGUUCGAGGGACGCAGAACGAAUGAAGUUCGGCCGCACGAUUGCAGAGACCAGCUUCCCGGCUUGGGCCGACCAGUACUUUGACUACAAGUCUGGCAAGAAGUUCAUCAAGCGCGUGGUGGCUGCGGCGCAGGCGUACCGUGCAGCCAGGCGAGCCGCCGCGUCCGGAGAGUCCGAUGACAGCACAACCGACAGCAGCACCCACACGGCUGCGGUGGAGGCAGCCAGAGUCCACCGCGCGACCGAGCAGCAGAACUUUCGCAAGUUCAUUCUGGGCGAGCUCGGCAAGAUCAACGACUUUGUCCAGCUCAAGGAAGACGAGUGCAAGGCGCACUUUGAGCGUCAUCUAAUGAGCCAGGCGCAUAUGCUGCUCAACUCGCGAACGUCGCAAGCGAAUGCCGCGGAUGUCUUUGUUGCGUUCUACGACUUUGUGGAAGAGCUACGGCAGCUCUUGCAGUAUGGACAACUCAACUACACUGCGUUUGUCAAGAUUCUCAAGAAGUACGACAAAAACACAAAGUCAGUCCUCAAAGCUGAAUUUAUGCCGCUCGUGGCUGGACAGCACUUUUACACUUCCAAUUUCUUCCCACAGUUGCUCCAAGAUUCACAAAUUAUGCUCGACCAGCUGCUGGUUCAAUACCCACUACUAAACGCGAGCACUGCUCGCAGCAUGUACGCAUCAACACACCCCGUACAGCUGUUUCUGCAACGCCCGUCAGAACUCGUUUUCCGAGCAUUUGCCUACGUGAAGCGAAUCUCCCUCAACAAGAUCCUCCUCUGGACCGUAUUUCUGGUACUAUUGGAGAGUUUGUUGAUACAAGUAGCCGGAGUUCAGAUCCAGGCCACUGGCUGCACCAUCACCCAGUAUCUGCAUGAUACGCAGCGGUCAAAGCUGGUGGACGACUUUACCGAUAUGAUUCACAACCGAAUCACGUCCAAGUUUUGGCUCUUGUUGUGUGCCGUCGUCCUGUGGCUGUAUGACUCGCGCCACGGCUCGUCGGCAGUCGCAUUCGUGGCCAUUGGCUUUGCCAUCAAAAGUCUGGCCAAGAACAUUAUUCGAUCGCCAAGAGGCUUUUGGCUCUGCACGUCGUAUCAGGCAUUCUAUUGCGGCAAGGGCUAUUCGCUGCCAUCGGGUCACUCGAUGGUCAGCUUGACCGCGCUUGGCUUUUUGUUGCUCAAGUUCAAACGUCCAUGGCUGCUCCUCGUGACCAUCUUGUACCAAAUGCUCAUCUUUUGGUGCGUGCAGUAUAUCGGCACGCACACUAUUGCCGAUCUGGUCGUUGGAUGGACGUGUGCUAUUCUUUGUCUCGUCGUCUAUGCGAAGGGCGAGGAACAAGUCUACCGCCGAUACACCCGUUUCCGCCUCCAACCGAGCAGCCGCAGCAUUGCGCUGAUUGUCAUUGGUGCUACUCUGCUGACGCUAGCCCUUGACACGCUCGUGGAGCUGUGGCCGCCAGCCUUCGAGGCCGACUGGCAAUCCAACAUGGAGACCGUUUGUGGACUCCGGCCGGGCUCUGGUGCAAGCCGCAUGUACUUGAACCUGAACUGGUCCAACACGCCACUUGUCUUUGGCUGCCUGGUGGCUUGGCUUGCCAACCGUCGAUACCUGUCUGGUGCACUGGAGCGAUUUUCGUUUUUCCAACGAGUGCCGCUCGCCCUAGGUGGUGCCUAUGUAUUUGUGCUCCUUCCAGCGUUCCUCAAAACCUGUCUUUACGGGCUCGUUGGCAUUGCCUCCAGGCACGCAGCCAAGUCUGAGGCCAUUGCUGCCAUCUCCCAGUUGGACGUUACCACCGUCUUCUAUCACCUAUUCAACUUGCUCAUGCCAGUCUGGGUCAUCUUCCUGGCUCCGCUACUCUUUGUCAUGUGCAUGCGGGCGGCCAAUAUCAAGGGUACUGGCGCGGCGAGCAAGCUUCGUCCGAUCCGCCGAACCCUCACGCCCAGCAUGGUGCGCUUGUCUGCCGCAGCAAUGGCCUCUGCUGCCGGCGGGGUUUCGCCGCAGCUCAAGCGACAAGCAUCCUCCUCCGUUCCGAGCACCCCAGUCCCUCGCACGCUCGCUUCUCCCCCGUCUCUGGCACGCCAGCCUUCGGUAGUCUCGACGACUAAAGCAACUAGUUAACUCUCGUAGUUGCGAUUGGCAUUUUUGUGGCGCAGUGUUGUUUUGUUAUUCUUGUGUUUUGUUAUCAUAAAUUAUCCCCACCUUUUGAAUGGUUUAUUGUUGUCUUGCAACACCAAAAAAGAC